AUGUCGUUUCGCUGGAGCGAGGAAACUACUUUAAAAUUUGUUUCCAUUUAUAUUGAACAUGAUUGCUUAUGGAAUGUUAAGUCCCCGUGUUAUAAAAACAAACAGAAGAAACAAUCCGCAUACUUGGAUAUAGAAAAUAAGAUGAAUAUAGCCGGAUUUGGUGAAAAGGAAAUAAAAUUGAAAAUUAAAAACAUCAGAUCUACCUAUUCGCAGGAGUUAAAAAAAAUAAAGGAAUCUAAAAAUUCAGGUGCGGGAACGGACACAGUUUAUAUUCCAUCAGUAAAAUGGUUCAGUAUAUUAGAUGCAUCCCUGCGAAAUUUAAAUUCAAUACUUACAACAAGUGAAAGUAAUUUGGCUUCCAAUGCUUCAGACACUGAUGAUACAGAUUAUAAGCGAAAUAGUACUGCAGAUGGUUUUCGUGAACCUACACCCCAACCUGCAGCAAAAAAGAAGAGAGUCGCUCAGCUCUCGAGCAUGGUUAGUCAAUUAAAGGAGAUAGCUGAUACUACUAAUUCUAGAGUCGAAGAAAAUGAGUUCGAGGUAUUCGGUAAACACGUUGGUUUUCAACUGAAACAAUUACCCUUACUAUUGGCAUUAGAAGCACAAGAGCACAUUCAAAUUUAUUUAAAUAGAAUUCGACGUCAACAUCUUCAACCCGCACCUGAUCAAAAUAGAAGCAUAACGCCACAGUCGUCGUAUGGUACCGAAUCACUACAAAGCGAUUCAAUAAUUGAUAAUGACACCAGUAACUUUAAUUUGGAAUCUUUUUCCCCUUCCAUUUUACCUGCACACCCUGUACCUACUGAUUAUCAGUCUUGCUCAAAUAUUAUUCAAUCGGGCCAUAUAAACAAUAAUGAAACACUGAGUAACACUACAAUUCUAUCAAAUGACUUAAUUUUAACAGCAUUGCAGAACGCUAAUGUUUAUAAUGAAGAAUGA